AUGGAUAUGAAGAAGUUGAAGAACUUGGCCAAGACGGGGACCAUCGUCACUACAAACGUUGAAGACGCAUUCAUGACUCUGUUUAAGAUGCUAAGAAAGUUUAGAUUAUUUCCGAUCAAUGAGAGUUUUGAGCUUGUCCCCAGACUCGCCUUUAUUUCUACACUAUUAUUCAUAUUGCUGAUCGGCACAACCGUUUUUUGGUUCCACACCGAUGACCAAGUCCUCAUCAUGUUCGGUUCAACUCAUCGCAUAAUCUAUAAUAUCCGGAAAUUAAUCGAAACGGUCUCAUACUUCGUUAUUGUUUGUCAGUUUUGCUUGAAAAGAGAGAAGCUGUUGAUGGUAUUAGAAAACCUAAGGACAGUGGAGACUUUGUUGGCGCCAUUAAAUAAGAAGUGGACAUGGUCUCUCCACCCAAUCCAGUACCUCGGUAAUAUUGUUUUGACUAUCGUCCUCUACAUCGUCGAAAGGACAGUAUUUCCUUUUAGCCUUGAAAUAACGGUUCACUCCUGUUCGCUGAACAUCGACCUAAUAUUAUCAGCUGUUUUUGUAAAUCACUUCUGCGCAUUUCUGGAUCUACUGAGGUACAGUUUGAGGAGAGCAAUGACCUGUAAUUACUAUGGUUUAUAUCCGAGACUUUAUUGUUUGAUCUACGACUCAUAUGAUCUUGACUGGGACUACUUACCUAGUGAUCUUGUUGCAGUACAGUGGAAGGAGCACAUUCAAGUAUGA